CUUGCCCGUUUGCCCUACUUCCCCGGGCAUUGUUCUCUCCCACACUGCUAUUCAAGUUUCGAUCUCAUAUAUCCUCGUUCACUCGCCGUUUGCUCCCCCUUGUUCACUAUCCUUCAGCUGUUGUAACGAUGCCCCGAAGACCCAGAAGGCGUAGCCAACAUUUGAAAUCUCGGCCUUUGACAUUCUCGCGUUUCGCUCGUUCAGUAGCCCAAAUGGCCUCUACUUCCAAGUCUAAUAAAAAAUCUUAUCGAAGCUUUGCAGUUUCUAAGUCUCUAAGCCACUGCCCAGGCUAUGGAUUGGCUAAGCACACUUUGGAGGAGAAGACAGAGCAAUCUGAGUCAUCUGAUGAAGAGUUUGAAGGUGUUGUCCAAGCUGAUUUUUCCUUCUUUGAUCCUAAACCUGGUGACUUUCAUGGAGUAAAGAACUUGCUCCAAACUUACCUGGAUGAUAAACAAUGGGAUCUGAGUGGCUUUGUUGACUUAAUCUUGGAACAGACCACAGUGGGCACUGUUGUAAAAGUAGAGGAUGAUGAGGAUGAGGGGCUUUUUGCUGUUGUGACUGCUCUGAACUUAUGGAGAUACAGGGAGCAAAAAUGUAUCGAGGAACUGAAGGAUUUCCUACUUAAAGUGUGCAAAGAAAAGGGCACAUUUGAUCAAUUGAAACUUCUUUUGGGGGAACAAGCACAUGAUGUUGGUCUUCUGGUAUCCCAGCGCGUAGUGAAUCUUCCUCUCCAGCUUUUACCACAUCUUUAUGAUGCCCUUUUUGAUGAAGUGUCAUGGGCGACAGAAGAUGAGCCAACAGAGGAGCUUCGUAAUUCCUUCAAGUUAACACAUUAUAUAAUAUAUAGUAAAAUUUACAAGGUAAAACCACAGCAUAAGAAUGCAGAGCAAAAUCGAAAACUGAACAAGGAUGAUGAUAAUGCAGUAAUAUAUAUAAAGCCUGAGGACGAACUUUUUCACAAGUUGAGCUCCUGGUUUUUCUAUUUUCCAUUGCAAACUUCACAGCCUGAAACUCGUGAGCUAAAGAAUUACAUGUCAGUGGGAUUGGUCAUGGCUGUUGAAGCAGGCAAAAUUCCCACAUUUCGGCAAGAAUUGCGGUCUCUAAUGAGUGAACCCUGAUGCGAACCAUUAGGUGCCCUGGAUUUCGAGCAAUGCAGUCAAACUUCUGAUUCAUCCUGAUCUGGUCCAACGUGCCAAAUUAUAAUAUUAUUUUUUCUUUGUCAUGGGCUUUAGGCACUUUUAAGAACUUACUCUUCUACAUUAGCCUGAUAUAUUUAAAAUUUUGCUCAGAGAGAAACGAACUUAAAUUGAUAAAUUAAGUUCACCCCAGUUUAUGGCCCUUUUUGUUCUUACGGUUCCUCAUGACCCGAUAGUUGUGGACAAAUAUUUUCUGGGUUUCACCCUUGAAAGCAUAGCGAGAUAUGUUACACGUUCUACAA